AUGACAUGAAAUUUAAUCAUGUUCUUCAAAAUAUAACUUUGUGUAGAGAUUAUUUUGAUCAUGUGAUUCCCCUAAAACUUUUGCAUUUACCUGCUGAAGACCAAAACUUGCUAAAGACUGGAGUACAUGCGUUACGUAAAAUACACUACGUUAGAAUAACAUGUAUUUUUAAUCUUGACAUAUUUUGGUGCACUGUAUAAAUACGAAAAACUGACAAGAUCAACAAUUAGAACAAGAAAAUGGCAGGUGUUAAUCAAAGUGACGAUGAUAACCUAACAAAGGAGUCUGAUGAAGUUCAAGAAAUGUUUUGUGAGCAAUGCGACGAGCAUGGCGUGUACGCGGUCGCUUGUGGAUUCUGUGUGGAUUGUCAGGAAUACAUGUGUGAUAUUUGUAUGGUGUACCAUAAAAGAUACGUGCCCGGUCAUACCCAACAGGAUAAAUACACCAUGCCUCAGGAUUUCUGCCUUGAAAAAUGUGACAAUCAUCAAGAAAAGGUAAUCAAAUAUUUCUGUAAAAAAUGCAACAAGUUUGCCUGUGCAAAAUGCAAACAAGAAGACCAUAAAAGCUGCAACCUGGGUCAUAUUCCCUCCCUAAUACAUGGCAACGUUCUUGAUGUCAGCAGUGAGAUGAUUAGUUUAAUGGACAAAAUUGAUAUUAUGUCUAAAAAACUGGAUGAAACGAAAGAAAAAAUAAACCAAAACGUUUCUAAAGUUCUUUCUCAAGAAAAUGACGCAAAAUCAAGAGUUAAACAGGGCAUUGUGGAAAAGAAAAAGAAUUUCAAGAGACAAAUGGAUGAGGUGAUUAAUGCAUUUGACAAAAGAAUGGAUGAAAUUAUAGCAAAGCUUGAAGAAGAAAGGCAUGAAAAGGUGGCUUGGCUUGCUGAACAGAAGAAAAUAUUUGAAAGAAAACUCAGUGAAGGGGUAGAAACAGUAGAAUUUGAAAUAGAAAAGUUUGUAGUAGCAGAUCAAGCGAAAUUAAAUGCCCUUCAACAAGAUUGCAAGGAAGUAACAGACGAUUUAAAGUCAUUGAGGUAUGAUCUAGAACUGAAACGGAAUAUUGGCCAACUAAGCAAUAUCUUUGUAACAUUUAAAAAGAUGCAACCAGACAUUAUUAAAUGCCAAGAAAAAAUGAAAACUUUGAUUGAAAACAAUAAAACCAGUACCUACGAAAUUGAUUCCGAAGACGUUUCCUUGACUUUAGAACCUAAUAUUUUAACACAUAGUGUCUUUACCAUAGGUAAAGUUGUCGAUGAUUCAACAGACGACAAGAUAGCCAUUAUCCCGAAUAUGGAUCUAAUAUUGCAGAGUGAAGAAAAGCCAAAGCUUGUAACAUUUUCCAGUUUAUGUGUUCUGAAUGAAAAUAAACUUGUAGUUGCAAACUACAAGCACAAUUGUCUCUUUAUAAUCAAUAAUUUGACUAAAAUCACACCUGCAAAUGUUGUAAAUCUAACUUCAAAUCCAUGGGGCAUUACAAAAAUCACAGCUGAUCAAGUUGCUGUCACAUUUCCGGAUGCCAAAAGCGUCCAAUUUCUGACCAUAUCUACUGAAAACAUGAACUUAAACCCCAAAAGUUUGCACAUGGGAGGAAAUUGCUAUGGCAUAGCAUGCACUGGUGAACAUUUAGUCGUUUCUUUCCUCAAUCCAGCAGAAAUCAGAGUUAUAAACUUCGAUGGGAUCGUUAUAAAUCAUCUUGUUAGACCCAAUGACGGACGGACUUUAUUCAAAUCUCCCCUGUGCCUAACAUUAAAUGUAGACCAUUCCGCGUUGUACAUAUCGGACAGCGAGGCUAACACGGUUACAUGUAUGAAAUUUGAAGGAAAGGUUAAGGCCACCUACAAAGAUGAUCAGCUGACAAGCCCUUUACAUAUGGCAGUUGACGGAACUGGAUUAGUUUACGUUUGUGGACGAACAUCAAAUAAUAUUCAUCAGUUGUCUUCUGAUCUCAAAAAAGGAAUAGUACUUCUCGACAAACAUGAACUUACAAGUCCAACUAGUGUGGCAUAUUGCACGAAAAGAAAACGUCUUUAUGCGGGAAUGAAAAAUAAAAAUGUUGUCAAGGUUUUUAAAAUAAAAGCAGUACAUGAUGGUGAAACUUUUGAACAAAUAUGACAUUUAUAAAGAGGACUAACAACCGAACAAUUGAUUGUUCAACUAAUACAUUUUUACGAACACAUGUAUUUCUGUGAACCUAUCAAGUCAAUCCUUUGUUCUAUUAAGAGGUUAAAGAAAAUCCAAUAUGACAUAAUUAUGGUGAUUAUGAAGUUUACAUGGAUAAAAGAACUGACCAAGAUCCAGAUUUAGUUAAAACACAUUCACAGUUAAAAUUGAAAACUUCAGUACUUCUUUAUCAUCUAGUUAUUUAUGUCAUCUAGUUAUUUAUGAUAUAUAAAUUAAACUAAUUGUUGAGUUGUUCAA